AUGUUCUUUCUCGACAAAUUUUCCAAAUUCCAGAUUGACGUUGUUGGUUUUCUUGCGAUACUGGGCGAAGGCUCUAUCAGUGCAAACGUCCACAUCAUCACAUUUACAAAAUGGUGUCUGGUUCCACGAUUACUGCCCGCUCCUCAAGUCUUGCUACCUGCACAGAGACCCGAGGACCUCAAGGUCAAAGAGGCAUAUGUCACAGCAAUAGAAUCAGGAAACAUAUCGGCAUGUAUCAAUCAUGUUGCGCACGUUCUGAUCGAUGCGGAAGACAUGCAUAGAUACGAGACUAGAUGUGUCAGGAUAGUCAGAAAUCCCAAGCAUCCAGAUAGAUCUAUUCGACCAAAACGCUUGAGUCCGCUGCUGGCUGUGAACAUACUGGGCUUCAGUUGUUCUGUUGGGCUUCUUGUUACAUCCAUCGCGUUGGAAGAUGGAAUGUCCAUGCUCGCGACACUGUGCCUCUCAUUUCUGUCCAGCUUGACGGGCAUUGCCAAUCAUUGGGAUCUUGUCGCCAAAGACCCCGCCAUCCAACCAAAGUCAGAUGAGGUAUUGCCCAGGGGAGACCUGCUCUACUUCACCCGCGAAGACAUCAGAUACACCAUGGUUCAAAGAAGAGGCAUCUACCGGACAAUUUCGCUGACAGGCACUCUUCUCUUGAUGCUAGGAGUCAUCUUUCUAGCCAAUGCGACGAAAGCUCUGCAAUUGGCUUGGGCUGUCAUCUAUGUGUUAUUGAACGCUGCAUACUGGUCAUUCGCCGCUCUCCCCAAGCGUUUUCACUGGGAUCUGGACAGAUACAAGGUCACCGAGAUCGAUAUCGAGAGACCCAACUCCAAUGACAAUCGCUUCACAGAUGCUCUCUUCAAAGCCAUCCUUUUCGCACAAGGAGCAGAUUGGGCUAGAAUCGGCGAAGCAGCUGCGCCAAGAACAAAGGUCUGGGAUGACUGGCUUGAUGAAGCGGAGACUGCGCUUAUAAGAAUAUCAAGUGGCCUGGUCGUGUAG